CAAUAGCUUCGUUGAAAAAAACCUAAUGCGCUUUCAUUGAAGAAAAUAAGCGAAUUUUACUGCGAGCCACUGUUGUUUGGAAUACUUUUGAACGCAUUUUUGUGAAAGAAGUACGAGUAAUCUCUUCAUAAAUUGGUUGAAACAGGUGCCCACGAUGCAAUGAAGGGACAGUGUAAACAACAGCACACUAGGUUUACGUAUCCGUUCGAUGUUCGAUCCCCAGAAAGCUAUCUCUAGUUGAACGAUUUAAGCAGAAUAACGUUCAGGUAACUACACACAUGAUGGUACAUGUUUGAUGGAAGGAUAAUAUUCUGCAGUAGCACCUGUAGUAGAUACAGAGUCUGUGAAGUAACUACCAGUAACUCGGUCGGACAGUUGAUCACAAACACCGCUUGCGACUGAAUUUCGACACAAUGAACGCGCCAUAUCCGCCACCGAAUGCCUGUUACACGGACAUCAAACAGGGCAUCCUUUCCUACACGCUACCCCUACGCACAGACCUCAGCGAUAUUCCCGGGCCACCGAUAAGCUUGCUGCCCGUACCGCCCACCAGCCUGCUACCCGGACCGGACAAAUCCUCACCUUCCAGCCAGAAGAAAAAGCGCCGAGCGUACGCAAACGAAAGUGAGGAGGCGCGAGCCCGUCGCCUAGCGCGCAAUGCCGAACGUAUGCGCCAGAAACGUGCCACCGAAUCGGAGGAAGAGUACCGCCAACGGUUGGCAAAGAAUGCCGAAAGCAAUCGGCGGAAGCGACAAAAUGAGACUGAUCUCGAACGUACCAUCCGGCAUGCACGCAGUGCGGCAAGGGAACGGUUGCGACGGGCAAUGGAAUCUGGGGAACAGAGGGCUGUGAGGUUGGCGAAACUGGCCGAACGGAUGCGUAUUGCGCGGGCGAACGAAACGCCAGAACAGCGCGCGAUACGGUUGGCAAAGAAUGCGGCCAAAGCGAAAGAGCGCCUACUGAAGGAAUCGCCCGAACAGUGGAUCGAACGAAAGCGGAAAAAAGCCGAAUAUGCGCGUCGCAAACGGAGCGGCCAUGGCAAUACGACUAGUUCGGCGGGAAGCAGCAGCAGCAACGACGCAGCCAUACACAGCACACUCACUUCGCCCCACCUGUCCUUCGGACAGGUAACAAACAGCCAUAGUUACGUGCCGGACCUCGGGCAUGGAGUGCCACCCGACGUGAAAGACAUCAAGCUGAUAGCGUCGCCCAAACCGAACCACGCGCAGCAACCCGAACAGAUCUACAGCACGCCACACCUUUCAUUUAUGGAGCACGAGGUAAAAACCGAGUCCGCGUUUCUCCCGAGCGCCCAACAUCCAGGCCCGACUGGGCUACAUCCAGAUCUGCCCUGUCCGAACAAUCUGCUAAAGUUCCAUAUGCUACCCUACUCGCUACCACCUGGUGCAACGGCUGGCCCCGGUAUGCAACAUCCUGGACAUGCGGAGUACAAGGGCAAAUGUGAAUGAAGGUUCUUCUGGAUUCGUACGUCGUAACCAAAACGUACUAGCAACUGUUUAGACCGUGUAGCUACUGCAUAUGUUUUGCUGGAACAGCAGCAAACCCCACAAUUGAGCAAUGUGCAACAAACCAACAACCACACAGAAAAAACAACCUUAGGCAAUAUACAUAUAUAUAUAAAACUAUCUAUAACAAUAAGCUUAAGAUGGAAGCGUACGAUACGAGCGUAAUCGUAAUUUUUCAAAAUAGUGCAUUAGGGUGUUCUGAUAUUGUUUUUGUUUUUAUGUUUUAUCAUCGUGGGAACUUGCACGUGGAUUGAAGUAUGCUGAACUCGACGCGAAUCAUAAUUAAGAUUGCCUGUUUCUUUCGUAGCUCGUAACAAGAAUUGUAAAAUAAAAGAAUUUGAAAUAUCACACAGCAAU